UGUGGCGAGUGAAGAUUAAGAUUGCGACAGUAGAAUAUCCACUAGGCCAGGGAAAAGACCCUGGGAACGAGGUUGCUGAAAAAGAGCCACCAGACUGCCGUUAUCCAUGCAGACUAUGCGUCGCCUGACUAUUCCACAGCAAUCGUCGCGUGACCAGAUGCUAACCAGAAUGCACCGCGAAUGUAAUCUCGUGAUACGAGAUAUACUACCCGAGUCGGAGCAGAAUGCAGAAAAACAUGAAAGAAGUCAGAUUGAAAAAAGCUACCUAAGCCGAUGCUGUAUUUGUAUUGAGAAAACUCUUCUUAAUGAACGUUGACGUUUAAUUUUACCUUCCAAAUGAACCGCGCUAGCGCGCUAUUUUUAGUGGAAAACAUCUUCUCCCGGAAGAACAUUCCUCAACAUGGCGUACGUUGACUUAGCUGAGGAAGGCUGGUGGAAGGUUUUAUCGAGAUAACUUCACUUUUGACAUUGCAAAAUGAGUCACGGUGAAGCUGAGGAAGAGUCUCUCGAGUCUCAUGUAAAAGGCCUUGAGUUUGAGAGAGAAAUUGGGAAAGGUUCUUAUGGAAAAGUCUACAAGGCCGUCUGGAAUGGGAGCGAGGUUGCAGCCAAAAGGUUCCACUGCGCCUUCUUUGAAAACGGUUUAAGUCAAGUGGCAGAUCAAUUCAUGGAGGAAAUUCAGCGAGAAUGCGAUGUUCUAAAGAUGCUGAACCAUGCCAACGUUGUUAAGCUGCAUGCUGUUUUGUUUCCCAAGGGACUCUCGCCCAUAAUCAUUACAGAACUUUUACACUGUGAUUUAGAAAAGUACAUUAAAGAAUCCACCUCCUCACCGAAAAUUCCAAACAUGAACCUGGUUUGUAUAGCUUUGGAUGUGAUUCAAGGGCUACAGUACAUGCAUAGUUUGUCCCCACCUGUGGUCCAUCGUGACCUAGCAACCAAGAAUAUUUUACUUACAACAAAUGGCACUGCCAAGAUUGCUGAUUUGGGCGUUGCUAAAGUGUUUGCCGCAGGUUGCGAAAUGUAUGCUACUCGUGUGCCAGGUACACCGGCUUAUGCAGCUCCAGAAACCUAUCCUGUUAUGAAGAAUUUUAAAGUAGUAGGCAAUGCAAAGUAUGGUCCCAAAGUUGACAUCUUUUCAUUUGGUGCUGUUUUACUGGCUAUGAUCGUUGGUCAUGAGCCUGUGAUUUGGCCGAUAACUCCAAUCAGCAAAGAUGGUGAGAUGAUUAGUGAACAUGAUCGUCGCAAAACUGACAUCCUAGAAAUGGGGGAUCAUUUUCUACAAGGGCUGGUGUUAAGUUGUUUGGAGAAUGAUAGCAAUUACCGUAAAUCAGCAAAGGACAUUAUAACAGAGCUAGAGAAGCAGAAAUGGAACCUAGUUCGACACUCUGGGUCUUGUGGAGUGGAGGAAGAGCUAGUGAUUGAGAAGGUUGGACGCCAACCAUCAUAUGAUUACAAAUUCAAGAUCCUCUUUAUUGGAGAUAGGGGAGUCGGAAAGUCUUGUUUGUUUCAACGCUUUCAGAACCCCUUUUAUAACAUUCUCAUGAGCACAAUGACAAUAGGCUUAGAAAUCGACACCGAGUCAUUCAAGUGUGGCUCCAAGUUUGUACAUUUAGAGGUAAUUGACACUGCUGGGCAGGAGCAAUUCUUUGCAGUGCAAGCUAUGUAUUUUCGUGGCGUCCAUGGUAUUUUUCUUGUGUGUGAUGUGACAAAUCGUGAAACUUUUCACAACGUUCCCAGGUGGUUGGACCUAGCUCGGCUUUAUUGCACCGAAAGCAAUGCUCUGAUUAUUCUGAUUGGUAACAAGAUAGAUCAAGUCAGCAACCGUAAAGUUUCUUAUGAGGAAGGCCAGGCACUUGCCAAAUGUCAUGGCCUGAGCUACAUGGAAGCCAGUGCUUUGAAUGUGGAAAGAAUUGAGGAAAUGUACAAGACUAUGAUUCAACUUUUGAUGAGAUCUGUUGAUCUGGGUCAAAUAAAAAUCGAGCUUCGUAACACAGAGGAGAAAGUCAAGUUAAAGAAAUUGCCAAAGAAAUCAAAAUGUAACAUCUGCAAGUGAAGCAAAUGAAGUAAACAAAGAU